CUUUGCCUGCCUCCAACUCUCCUGUGGCCCCAUAGAGGUCAUGAACCAGACCAAAGACUUUCAGGGGGGCAAGGCCUUUGGACUCCUGAAAGUUGAACAGGAGGAGAGACUGGAUAGAAUCAACCAGCAAUUCCUGGAUGAUCCCAAAUACAGUAGUGAUGAGGAUCUACUCCCCAAACUGGAAGCCUUUAAGAAAAAAUAUCUGGAGUUUGACCUGAAUGGAGACUGCAAUAUUGAUAUUAUGUCCCUGAAGAGAAUGCUGGAGAAACUAGGAGUUCCCAAGACUCACUUGGAGCUGAAGAAGCUAAUUAUAGAAGUGGCAAAUGGUCCUGGGGAGACCAUCUCCUACCCUGACUUCCUCAGGAUGAUGCUAGGCAAAAGAUCAGCCAUUCUUAAAAUGAUCCUAAUGUAUGAGGAGAAAAACAGAGAACAAGAGAAACCCAUGGCCCCCCCAGCCAAGAAAGCAAUCUCUGAAUUGCCUUAAUUUGGAAGGGCUACUUAGGGCUUCAUCUUCCCCUACACCAAAAUGGGGAAUCAAAACUUUCCAGUUCCAGUAAGCUGUGAA